AUGGCUUCCACAACCUCUUUGCAAGGGAUUGACAGGUAUCAGGACGAACGACCAUUCCUGCAGGACUUUGACACCUUCAAACAACUAAUAAAAAACUCCCCGAACCCAGAUCAGAUAAGGUACCCACAACUCGUGUCCUUUAUUGGCGAGACCAGUGCCGGCAAGAGCACGUUGAUCAAGAUGUUGAUCGAGUACGACCAGGCCAAAUACGAAGCCAACAAGUCCAACUUCCGAGCACCCGUCCCAGGAAGUCCGCUCCACGAUUCCACACCUACAUCCGCAGACGUUCAUUUAUACGUUGACCCUGCUACAUGGGAAGAAGAAAGGCCAAUAUUUUACGCGGACUGUGAGGGCCUCAAUGCAGGAGAACGCAUUCCUAUUGGAGCUCAUUCCCGGAGACAGAUGAAAAUGGACAGUUCCCGGAAACUGGGUCUGCGGGCACGUUCACUAGAAUGGGCAACGUCAGACCAGACACGGACCCGUCAAUAUGCUGUCACCCAGCUCUAUCCUCGCCUCCUUUACACCUUCUCCGAUGUGGUAGUUUUCGUAUUGAACAAUCCAAAGACAUUCGAACAUGGAGUGCUCCCGAAACUGCUCGACUGGGCGUCGUCCUCGCUCGAAGCUAGUACCAAUCAAGGUACACUACCUCACGCAAUUAUCGCCCUCAAUUUUACAAACAUACGUAUCAAAUCCCGUCUCUGGACGGUUCAAGAUGCAACAAACGAUCUGCUGGAGGUUAAUGACCACUUGAUAAACCCAUCAUACAGCAGCUCUCAAGUGACGAAGCUCGUGGAGAAAUGGAGGAAAAGGAACAGAUCCAUAAAGAGUCUUCGCGAUCUUCUUCAUUGCUACUACGCUUCGUUCCAGGUGGUCCGUCUUCCGGAAGCCAAAGACCUCCCUCGUCUUUCAAGACAAGUAUCACAACUCCACGACACCAUUGUAGAAACAUGCAAGAAAUCGUAUCUGAACAAGCAGAAAGUCGGUCUGUUGUCCUCAGCCGAAGAUCUGAGCUUCUACAUCCAACAAGCGUUCACACAUUUCUCGAAAAAUCUGGACCACCCAUUCGACUUCAAGAGUUGUUCCUUGAUUCGGAAUCCAAUACCCCAGAACUUGGGUGGCCACAUUCUCCGCGUUGCUAUUCUGAUGCAGCGUCAGUAUCCAAACAAACCAGGAGACUGGAUAUUCGAAAAUCUGAGUUUCAUGGUGGCUUCUUGCUUUCUCUAUGAUUGUACAACUUACAGAAAAGGGAAACCACACGACCUGUUCGCAGAUUAUCAGCCGAACUUCCAAGAUGCCCUCGUUGAGUUUUGCUCCUCGCAUUGGCCUUGCGAGUUCUCACACCCUAAAAAGGGGCGGUGUGUCAAUGUAAGCAAGCGUCAUGAAAAGGGUCACCAGAACGAGCGAGGCAAGGUAACGGAUGGUCGCUACAUUUCCAGCUUUACUGCGGACGAUUACAAGAAGACCUGGUUGAACUCGCUCAAGACCAGAUUGCGAGAUGCACAGGAGGAUCUACAGCAUGAGGAAGACGGCUCCGAGGCGACUGGUCCAUUGGGCCCUAUUCGGAGAGUACAUGCCCGUAACAUAUCGAGUUUCUACCGUCACGUCGGCGGCGCACCAAAGUUCAAUAGUCACGUUACGUGUCUAUGUUGUCUCAUGCGGCCUCCUGAACAAGUGCUUCGAUGUGGUCACGUGCUCUGCACUGAGUGUGUCAAAGCAUUUGGCACGGUCAAGAAUUGCACAAUAGAGAUGAAGGAAUGCCCCUUACAUAUCGAAGAUUGCAAUUGGAGGAGCCCUUGGCGAAUUCGGAUGAAGCCUGAUUUUGCAGGUGUCCGUAUCCUUUCUCUUGAUGGGGGAGGUAUUCGUGGUGUUGCAGAGCUUGAGGUUCUCAAUCAGAUCCAAAAGAAGCUGGGCGUUCAGAUUCCAAUCAGUGCUUUCUUUGAUCUGAUUGUUGGAACAAGUACUGGAGGAAUCAUUGCGUUGGCUCUUGCUGUAAAGCAAUGGUCCGUCAUCAAAUGCAUUGAUGAAUUCAAGCGCCUCUGCAAGACGGCGUUCUCGCCUCGGGAAUUCCAUGGCAUCGCCCCUCUUCAAUACAUCGCCACUGCUAGUCACGGAAGCACUUGGAAGACUACGCCGCUUCAUGAGGCCUUGUUCGAGUCACUUGGAGACGAAUACCUAUUUGGCGGGCCCCAGCGCUCGGAUAAUGUAGCCCGGGUAGCCGUGACCACAACCGACGAAGUAGCCACCAAAGGGAUUGUUAUCGCGAAUUACUGCCGAAAAAAUCCCAAGGACGACAAUAAGACCUAUAAAUUUCUUAGGCCUAGCGAGCCGUAUGCCGAGAUGAGGAUAUGGCAUGCUGGUGCAGCAACUGCUGCCGCUACGCCAUUCUUCAAGCCAUUCGUUCAUCCAGUCACCGAAGAAACAUAUCUCAAUGGGGCGUUUCACAAUAACAAUCCAGCAUGGGUGGGAAAUCGAGAGCGGCAAUUACUGUGGCCAGAUGUACAAGACAAUCAUCCAGACUUACUGCUAUCGAUCGGCACAUCACAGCACCAGCAGGCUGUGGCCGACAAGUUCCGCUCUGAGAGGUUCGAGACGCAGCGCAAGAUGCCCUCGCCUAUCAGUCACGGCAAAGCCAAACUAAAGGCGACCAGCAAGGUCAAGCAUUUUGCUGGAAUGUUUCAAUAUGGAAAGGCAGCGAUUAACAAGUUGGAAGAUUCAAUAAACUGCGAGCGUCAGUGGGAACAAUUCUUGGACGGAACGGAGCGAGGUGCCGCUCACCGUGAGGAUUCGCGCCGCUAUAUUCGUGUAAACCCAGAUAUCGGUCGAACCCCGCCACAUCUUGAUGCUGUAGGCGAGGUCGAACGACUUCAGUCAGAUGUUGCCCGAUAUUUGAAGGAGCCUGAGGCUAUGACUAAGCUUGAGGACAUUGUCUUCCGCUUAGUUGCAAGCAGCUUCUAUUUCGAGCGGACACACGCGACAAGAGAUAUGUCCCGAGGAACCGCGAAGGUGAGAGGGAAGCUACAAUGUCGCUUCGAAGAAUCUUCAGAGUGGGCAAAAGAGAUGGGUUUAUUCUUUAAAAAGCAUCAAAGGGCGGACUUUCAGCCUCAUUUUGAUACUUGGGACGGCGUUCAACAGCAUAGCAGGGACAAGAUUAACCUCGACUCUUCGCGCAUUGAAAGAAUGGCCAGCCAUGGUGAACUUGACGCUCAAGAAAUUGAGCUGACGGUAGCAACAUCCGGGAGAGAUGCAGAGAUCAGGCUUCAUCUCCACACUUCAUCUGGCAGGACCAAAGGCUAUCCGAUCAGCGGCUUCCCUCGCGACUUUUUCAAGGAGAUUGAUCGUGUCGAAGUAGACACCGAAGAGAUAGAAGAACCGCCUAAGGACAGGGUAUUAAGAUCUAUAAAUCUCCCAGGCAUUCCAACGAUCAACGUGCUUAGUGGGAAGGGAACGGCAAUGCUAAGACCUGGAGCGUCGGGGAGCAUCUCGGAGCAGAAUCUCAGCACACAACCACAUGGUUUGAACGAAGACGCUCGGCGCAAAUCAGACUUUGCGGCUCGAGCUACGCCAGAAAAGGCCUCUCGGGCACUGAGCCUAAAGGCGAAAUUCUCAAAACUCAGUCUGCACAACGAGGCAAAGUCGCCACAACAGCCAGAGAGGCGAUCUCGCUCAAUGGAGAUACCAUCCAGGGGCAUACGGCGUGACAGUUGUCUUGUUACCCAUGAAUAUGAGCAACAAGAAUCGCGCAGUUCAUCGCGGCAUCGCACGAGUCUCGGCACGGACUCGCCGCCUGAACAGCCGCAAAGAGAACGCGAAAUGGCUAGUCUUCCUAUGACGUCGUACGAAGCAGCUCAGCAAAAAGGGGACCAGCACACACCAUAUAUAGCUCCAGACACGAAUCCGUGCUCUUUCUCGCCCAAUCCUAUCCCACGAAUGAGCAUGCCACAGUCGAGCCCGACACCUUUGCCAUCAGGCUUCACCAGUACCGCGGCCCCCUCAAGUACCUACGAGUUCUACUGCACCGAAAACGUCUACUUGUCGCCCCAUACCACGGCCACCCAACCGCGGACUCAGCAUACUACUUCCACCUUCGACGAUACCCUUCGCGCUCCUGCUCAGCCAGGGCAUAUAGCUACUCGAUCCCCACCUUUGAACAACCCUUGCUAUGAGCGGCCGCCGUAUGAAGCUAAUGAGAAGGUGGAUUUGGAACUAGAGUUUGCAGUGCAGAUUAGUCUUGCGGAUCAAGACGAAGAACAGCGAGAGGAGCAGAGAAGAUUAACGAGAGCGUUAGAGGAGAGUCGAAGAGAUGCGUAUUGGUAUCAAGCGUUUUAG